AUGACCUCGCGCACCCUAACGAACGUCGUCACGCCAAAUUCCAUCGCGCUGAAUGCUCUCAUCUAUGGCUACGGCGGCCACUCUCUCGUCACACCGCACGCGCCGUUACAGCAGGUAUGGUGGACGGAGGAGCGCAUCGGAGAGAAAAUCACGAGGGACUUCGUCUCUUCCAAACUCCGAGCAGAAGAGAGAGGCACUUUGGAUCAGACGCUAGGAUUUGGGGACGGACUUACGGACGACACUUAUCUGGACUGGAUACUCGAAAGGGCGAGGAGGCUCUUUCUGAUCUUGGCGGAAAUCGGCGUACCAGAUCAAAUAUUCGGGGUUAUUGAUGACUCCUGGGACGACGACGACCUCCCGAUACCGCCAGAAAACGUUGCGCGGCUGGCGCUUUCCUACGAGUACAACGUGACACUCAACCGGAAGUUCUAUCAGGCGCAAUUCACCUUUCUACUCCGCGAACUCCAUCCGGGCGUCCAUAUCGAUUACGGGCCAAACGAGCUGGUACCCGUUGAGUUCGUGUACAAGCUUCCUCCAGCUGCAUCUUUACAGAGCUGGCCACGCAUCCACUUCCCAGGAAAGCCGGAUGAGGUGUUUGUUCGAAGGCGCGUCCCGCUAGGAAUCUCAGACUCAAAUUCUGCGCUGGCACCUGAAAAUUUGAGAGAUAUUCAGCUCGCCAAGGCUGCACAUCACGAGCAUAUUGCCCCGAUAUGGGCUUCAUAUACUGCGAAAGGGGCCGCCUAUAUCAUCACUUCAUUCGUAGGCCAGCAUACGCUUAGGACAUUUAUCGACUGGCGCUCAGCACCGCAGUAUCAGAGGCUGCCCAAGCGUGAUCGCCAGGUUCUGCUUCUUACCUGGCUACAUUGCCUUUCGGAUGCCGUGGCUUCCUUGCAUUCCAGAGGGGUCUGCCAUACGGAUAUCCGGCCUUCCAACAUCCUGAUCGAUAGACAUAACAACAUAACUUUUAGCGACAUUGGCAGCCUAGAAACAUUUCAACAAGACAAGAAGCACGACCACAAAGAAAGCUACGACUAUGGUGAACCAGAGUCGCACAUCCCGAUUGUUUCCACCUCGAACAACAUACCGACAGUAGCUAGGUCUGAUGCUCGUUCCCACAAAAUAUCUCUCCACAGCAAACGCUCCUCGGACGGCUCUAUCACGCACAUCACAGGUCGUCUCGGUUCCGUAAAGUCAACCCGAGGCGGAUCCACCGGCACCAGCCUUUCAGGCUUCGAUUUUGGCUUCAGCAAGAAACCUCCCAACGGCGACACCAUCUCCCACCCUCCCAUCACCGAAAAGGCCGACAUCUUCUCCCUCGGCUGCAUCUUCCUCGACAUCCUCACCUUCCUGCUGGACAAGAAGCCCGCCGAAGCAACCAAGCACCGCAGCUCGAAGCACAAGACUGCUGGCCGCGGCGGCCGCGGCGGGUCCCGCGUAGAUACCUCUUAUCACGCGAACCUCGACAAAGUCGGCAGCUGGAUUGACGUCUUGGACAACCUCGCUAUGGGACAGGACGACGACCUUUUCCGCGGUGUGCCGUAUAUCCUGCAACUUGUCCGUGGUAUGCUGAGCCAGAACCCGAAGAGCAGACCCACGGCUGUGGAGGUCAGAAACCAGCUGUCUGAUAUUCUGGUCAACUAUUCCUGGGUCGAGAGCCUACAUUGUGGGGGCCAUGGCUAUGAUGUCGGCAUGCCGGUACGGUCUAUCUCGUCCCGCGAUGGGGUUGAGAGCUCUCCGCCUGGGCUUGUGCGAAGUCGAACGGUGAGCUCGACGGAGAGCCAGAGUAAGUCGACGCCAAGGAGCGCGGCGAAGUCGAUGUGGAAGUUUGGGUUUGUUGUGCCCUGA